AUAGUAGGAAGGGCAAGACGUAAUGUUCAUUGACUUUGAAUGAGACAGGAAAUUCCUAUUUGACGAUGAAUACCGGUACAGAAGAUGUCAAAAAUGCUUUGGAAUGUUCAAUUUGUUUUAGGAGACUACAAGAGCCGAAGUCACUAAGCUGCCUUCAUACAUUCUGCUUGAUUUGCCUUCAAAAUUUGAUGGAAAAACAAGGAAAGUUAGUGUGCCCAACAUGCAGACAAUCACAGAUGAUUCCCGAGGGCGGGUUACAAAAGCUUCUUCCAAACAUAUAUGUCAAAAAUAUGUUGGAGUGUUUGGAGAAACUAGAGAAUGCAGGAAACACUGUGUGUUGUUGCAGCCAAACCAAAGCAGCUUUUUUUUGCCAACAAUGCAUAAUUUUCUUAUGCUCCGUUUGUAUUAAGCAACAUAAGAUUUUACCAACACUUGUUAGCCACACUUUACAUUCCAUAGAGGACAUCAAGACGAUGACAUUGCAGCAGUUUUCAUCUCUCCACCCAGCAUUAUGCCCUGAACACAAAGAUGCUCUGAAGUAUUAUUGUACGAAAUGUAAGACCGCGUUUUGCAUUCACUGCACCAAAAAUAAAGAUGGCAGUCAUCAUUAUAUUGAUAUAUCUUACGCAUUCGAUAUAUUCAAACAAAAAGCUAUUAAUACUGAACCGACAGUUGAAAACUUCAAAAGUAAAAUAAAGUUGGGCCAGAAAACCAUCAAACUUUGUCUCGAGACCUUAGCUAAAAAUAAGGAUACGUGUGAUCAGGAAAUUGACGGACUGGUAAAGGAAGCUAUAGAUAUUGUUAGAAAACACGGCAUAGCAUUGAAACAGGACGUUGAUGUUAUUUUUCAGCAAAAGAAACGCACAAUUGAAAGUCAGGAUGGGGAACUGACUACACUUCUAAAAAAAGUAACACGAACACAAAUUUUUAUUUCACAGUUAAUGAACAGCGAUGCAGCUACAGCCGUGGAAUCAUGCGAUAAAGCAUUUGCAACAAUGAGGAAACAAAUCGAAAACCUACCAGAAGUGAAACAAGGUAAUAAUGACGUAUUUUUUUGUAAAGAAAGGACACAACUUCUUGCCUUGAGAGAAAAGGGAAUCGGUGUCAUACACAUUAACGGCGUCCCAUUCCGGAUGAGAAACAGAAUAAGCGAUGAAGCAACAGUGAAAUCCUGCGAUAAAGCGGUUGUUGCGAUAUUAGAUGAUAAUGAUGUUGGUGGUGAUGAUGGUGAUGAGGAUUAUGAUGAUGGUGAUGCUACUGACAAUGGUGAUGAGGAUAAUGAUGAUUAUGAUUAUGAUAGUGAUGAUCAUGAUGAUAAUGCGAACCCCUUUGUCACCGUCAGAAAGAAAGCAAAAGUAAGAACGAACGGCGUCGCUUCUGGGUUGGAAGACAGUUAUCAAAUCGCGUCAAGUGACCCAGUCAUUGUUACUCAGGGGCAGAUAUGUAAAGUAAAAAUUAUUCACAACAGUUGUGUGAUGGAUUCCACGCCACUUAAAGCCAUUCUUAAACAUUCCACUGGAGCCAUGUUUGAUAUCGCGGUUCAAAAGAUAAAUGGUAACAGUUACAUUGUCAAGUACUAUAGUAAAAUUGUUGGUAUAGCAUAUGUUUGUGUUUAUGUCCAGGAAAAGGAGAUACGGGGAUCACCCAUUCGUAUAAAUGUAGUUUCAGGAAGAUUAGAUAUAACUGGUGGAUGUCCAGAUAUGAAGCCGUAUAUAUGGCAUCAGGAAACAAGGGUAAUGGAUAUUGUGAUUGAUAAUUACAUAUUAGUCGCUGGCUGCAGCAAUGAAGUUGUCCGGUUUCAAUUAUGUGGGAAAUAUGUAGAUAGAAUAUUUCUGCCUAAAGGUACUAAAGUAAAUAGAAUGUAUUAUAUUAAACAAAGUGGUGGCUUGCUGAUAAGUGAUGGGGGAAAGACGCGCAUUGUAGUACAUUCCACUUCCAAUGGGAAUGAUGUCCUAAAAUGGAAUGGGUUACUAGAACCAUACGGAAUAACAAUGGACGAGUCAAAACAGAGUAAACCUAUGUAUGUUUCAGACAUAAAAGCGCAUUGCAUAUUCAUCUACCAUUUGAAUAGUGGUGGGCUAGUCAGAAGAGUUGGUAAUCAAGGCAGCCAUUCCUUGUAUCAGAUGGAGAGGCCUCAUGAUGUUAUAGUUACCAAAGGAGGGAACAUAUUAGUGGCCGAUUAUGGUAACAGUAGAUUGCUAUUAUUAACAAGUGAUGGAACGCCUUUGAAACAACCUCUGAAAGGAAAAAUAUACCACCCCCGUGCAAUCAUAGCUGACAAAGACGGAAACAUAAUCGUUGCAAAUAAAUCAGAGCUGAAGAUUUUCGACAUUGAAGAACAUUUAAUCAAGGAAAUAAGUGGAUCAGGUGCAUUAGAAGGGUUAACCAUGUGGUCAUAUAUCUCAAGAAGCGCUGCAGUUGCAGACUCUGAAAACAGCAAAAUUAAAGUAUUCAAUUACUAAUUGCAGUUUAGAUUCAAGUUUGUUUGUCAUAUGCUGUCAAAACAAGAAAACUCACCUGAUGAAGCCCCGUUGACUGGGGUGAAAGCUUGUAUUGUUAGUAAAAAAAAGUGCUACUCAUUUUUUCGGCUGCCAAAACAAUAUCUAUCAUAUUCUGCAAAAGCAAUAUUUAAAAAUACUGUAUAUACAUUCAAAACACAUUUUUGUUAUAUUUAUUUAUAUAAGUGAUAGACAAAAUAAAGUAUUAAAUAAUUUUUUUUUAAUGAAUUGAAUUGAAUAAGUUCAUGCAUAAAAGCUCAAAUCUGGGUGUAAUUCCCACGAAAGUUAAUAAAAUACCUGUCUAAGUAUAUUUUGGUAAUAAUUGACAAUGUGGCCUUAAUGAAAAAGAAUAUAUUUUUUAGAUAUUAUCAAAAAUUGUGUUGAAAGAGUUAUAGUCAGCUAUUGUGAACUGACCCUAUUAAGUGUAAUUAAUUUUUAUAUUUUUGAGGUCUGAUGACAAAAAAUUAACAAAAAGACAAAGAAUAAAGGUGGAUAGAAUCCCCU